AUGAGUCACAUCAAGAACAUUGUCGUUUACGGGGCACUUGGUGCUACCUCUCUAAUUUUGUGUAGAAUUAUAUACAAUAUCUUUUUACAUCCUCUGAGACACUAUCCUGGACCGAGACUAUGGGCUGCCACUCGCCUCGCAUGGUCACACUCGUUGCAAUCAGGGCAGUACCAUCUUAAACUCGACGAACUGCAUAAACACUAUGGCCCAGUCGUGCGGGUUGCUCCUGAUGAGCUGUCUUAUAUCAAUCCCGAGGCCUGGAGAGACAUAUACGGUAACCGCAACAUUGUAAAGAACCGCGUAUGGGCCGGGCAAGAGGAAGAACACCAUACGAUUAGUAUUGUCAGUACCGAUGAAGCAACGCAUUUGCGAAACCGCAGAGCACUUGCCGCCGCAUUCACUGAACAUGCAAUCGCUGAACACGCUACGAUACUCGAAGGUCUCGUUGAUCUCAUGAUGCAGAAGUUCAGCGAAGCAACUGCACAAGGCCAAGGGCGCGCGGUGCUCGAUCUCAAAGGUUGGUUCAACUGGCUGACCUUUGACAUAUCGGGCUCUCUCUCCUUUGGAGACUCAUUCGGGAGUGUAGCCGACGGCCGUGCACAUCCCUGGGUUGAAAUCAGCUGCAGUUUUGGAAAAGGCAUUGCCCUCAUGGCGUCCAUCAACUUCUUCAGUCCGCUGAACAAGCUGCUCAAGCUUGCCAUGCCGAGAAACGUCAUGAAGAAGAUGGCAUAUCACCGAGAGCUAGCUCAUGAGAAGUUCAUGCAGCGUCUCGCCAUGGAGACCAAGGCCAAAGCUCAAGACUAUGUAGGCUCAAUCAUGGCGUACAACGAAGAAAAGGGCGAGGUCAAGAUCCCGGAAGAUGAGAUCGAGGCCAACAUGACUUUGCUCAUUUUUGCCGGUAGCGAAACCACGAGCACAGCCAUGACCGCGGUGAUUACGCAGCUUCUGCAGAACCAAGCUGCUCUGAGCAAGGUGGUUGAAGAAGUCCGUGGGAAUUUUAGAAAUGAGAGCGAGAUCACUAUUGCGACGGUUGCGAAACUGGAUUAUCUCUCUGCCGUGAUCCAAGAAGGAAUUCGCAUGGGUCCGCCAGCAGCUGUAGGACUGCCUCGUAUCACCCCUCGAGGCGGCGAGAAUAUCUGCGGCCGAUACGUACCAGGCAACACGUUUGUAUCUGUGAAUCAGUAUCCAGCUUUUCGUUCGACACUCAACUUCACCGACCCUGAUAGCUUCGUGCCAGAGCGCUUUCUGCCCAACUCGCCAUUUCCCUCUGAUCGCCUCGAUGCCUUUGAGCCAUUCCUGCUGGGCCGACACAAGUGCAUUGGGCAGAAGCUUGCGUGGGCAAUCAUGCGGCUGACGCUUGCGCGCGUCUUCUUUUCAUUUAACCUCGAGGCAGCGGAGGGGCCGGUGCAUGACUUUGGCGUACAAAAGACAUUUAUUUUCUGGGAGAAGCGAGUGCUCAAGGUAGAAGUUCGGCAGAGACAUUGA